UUUAUUCUGAAGAUGGCGUCUCCAAAUGGAGGUGACGAUUUCGAGAGCUCUUUGCUGAGUUUUGAGAAGUUGGACAGAGCGUCACCAGACCUGUGGCCAGAGCAGUUGCCCGGAGUUGCAGAAUUUGCUGCAUCUUGUAAAAAUCCCAUCAAUAAUUCACCCCCCAAAUGGAUGGCUGAACUAGAGAGCGAGGACAUUGAAAUGUUGAAAGAGCUGGGUAGUCUGACCACAGCCAACCUGAUGGAGAAGGUCAAAGGACUGCAGAACCUCGCUUACCAGCUGGGCUUAGAGGAGUCCAGGGAGAUGACCAGGGGGAAGUUUCUGAACAUCUUGGAGAGGCCCAAGAAGUGACGUGUGUUGUGUUGAAGCAACAGGAGAUGUGUGACUCCGAGGUGAAUGUGAUCUAUGUGUGUUUACCGAUAUGCACAACAACACAGCUCAAGGACUUUUACUCUCAAACCGUUAACUGGAGUAAAACUGCUCCCUCACACACAGCUGACCUGUCGUCCUCACAGAUAUAGAGAUGCCUUUACAUUGACAGAAAAUGUAGAAUGAUGAAUUUCUUCUCAUUGAAUUUCUCUGUUGCUUGUAGGCCUAGCUUGAUGAAAUGUUCGUUAUUUAUUCUUAUUUCUAUUUUAAACAUGAUGUACUUUUUUUUUUUAUGUGUGUGCGUGAGUGCAAUUUGUGA